AAUUGACAAAGAACUUCAGACAUUGUACAUAAAAGUUCUGGCUUCGUGUUUCGGGUCAUUUAAGUCUGAUUUAAAGGAGCAGUCUGCAGUUUUCUUAAUGAAAUGAACAGAAACAAACAAACUGACCUUAAAAGGACAAAAACACAGUUUAUACUGUUCUACUCUGUUUACAUGUGGCGGACCCUGCCACCUCUCUAGCUUCAAACAGUGUUCUGGGAACUGAUUUUCAGAAAGCAGUGUGUUUAUUACCUCAUUAAUAUUCAGAUAAAAUGACUUUCACCUCGUUUAAAUCUUCGUUCUGAUAACUUGAUGUCGUCCGUCUGAUUCAGUUUCAUCGAUUAUUUCUCGUUUUUUAAAUAUUUGUUUCCUGAUAAUUUCGCCUCAAAGAUACUUUUUUAAUUUUCCUCCUUUUCUUUUCUCUUCUUGUUCAGUUUGAUCAAAAAGCCACAUUUCAUAUCAAGUUAACUCUGAAUUACAUCCAAGAGUCCCAGUAAACAAGUUAUGAAGAACAGGAGAACAUAGAUCGAUAGAUCGAUCGAUCGAUCGAUAGAUAGACGAGUGUCUGAGUGGGUCUGAUACUGGUCCUGGUCCACGCUGGUCCUGGUCCCCCGCUGAGCUGCUCUGACUCUUUGGGGUAAUUGUACACUAAUUACCGUGAAGUUGUAAACCCCUCCUGCUGCCAGCUGAUUGGUCGGCCCUCAGCGGACCUCAUCACCCUGACCCCGCCCCCCCGCGGGUGUCCCAGGUAUAAGAGGCUCCAGGUCAGCGGCUGAGGGGACAGAACAGUUUGUGACAGGACUCUACAUUCCCCCCAAAACCAGACCCGCCGCUCCUCCUCUCUGCUCCUCCGCUCUGCUCCUCCUCGCUGCUCCGCUGGAUUUGUUUCUUCUUCUGUGGUGUGUGUGGGGCUGAAUCAUGGAGCUGUCGGAUAUCUCUUUCCCCAUCCCCGCCGCGGAUGAUUUCUACGAUGACCCCUGCUUCAACACCAGCGACAUGCACUUCUUCGAGGACCUGGACCCGCGGCUGGUCCAUGUGGGCCUCCUGAAGCCGGACGACUCCUCCUCUUCAGUUUCUCCCUCCCCCUCCUCCUCCGCAUCCUCCUCCCCGUCAUCCCUGCUGCACCUCCAUCACCACGCAGAAGGGGAGGACGACGAGCACGUCCGCGCCCCCAGCGGGCACCACCAGGCGGGCCGCUGCCUGCUCUGGGCCUGCAAGGCCUGCAAGAGGAAGACCACCAACGCGGACCGGAGGAAGGCGGCCACGCUGCGGGAGCGCCGGCGGCUCAGCAAAGUCAACGACGCCUUCGAGACCCUGAAGCGCUGCACGUCGGCCAACCCCAACCAGCGGCUGCCCAAGGUGGAGAUCCUGCGCAACGCCAUCAGCUACAUCGAGUCUCUGCAGGCGCUGCUGCGCGGCGGCCAGGACGACGGCUACUACCCGGUGCUGGAGCACUACAGCGGGGACUCAGACGCCUCCAGCCCCCGGUCCAACUGCUCCGACGGCAUGACGGACUUUAACGGACCGAGCUGUCAGUCCAACAGAAGAGGAAGUUACGACAGCAGCUCUUAUUUCUCUGAGACUCCAAACGGCGGUCUGAAGAGCGAGCGCAGCUCAGUGGUCUCCAGUCUGGACUGUCUGUCCAGCAUCGUGGAACGGAUCUCCACCGACACCAGCAGCCUGCUGCCGGCCGCCGACGGCCCCGGGUCCCCGACCACACCCCCGACCGGCGAGGCCGCGGCCCCGGGGCCCGUCCAGAUCCCCUCGCCGACCGCCAGCCAGGACCCCAACCUGAUCUAUCAAGUCCUAUAGACCCUCAGACCCGGGACUUACUGACAACACAGAUCCACACACUCAAGCUGAAAAUAUAUGGAAGCUCAUUCCUGACAGAAAAGAUGAUGAUGAUGAUGAUGAUGAUGAUGAUGAUGAUGAUGAUGAUAAUAAUAAUAAUAAUAAUAAUAAUAAUAAUAAUGUAAAUGAUCUCACCUGCUGGUCUUUACCUGAGCUCUCAUCAGCAUCACAGCCUUCAUUGGUGGAGAGUUUCAUGUUUUAUAGAUUUUAUAGUUAUUGAAACUCUUUGUGCUGAAGACUGAAACACAGUCCAACACUCCGGAACCAGAAUCCAGACCGUCGACCUGGUUCAGACCUUUACAAACUAUUAACGCUUUCAUUCAGUCUUAAUUCAACAGCUGUAAAAUAAUAAAAGGAAUCAAGAGAUUAAAAUCCUCGAUUACAGAUUAAUAUUUUUCCUGAAGACAUUUUGGGAAAUUGAAGAAACAGGAAAUACAAAACUAAAAAAAAAAAUCAAACACUGGUUUUAUAAUGUUGCUGCAGGAAUGAGCUUCUGUAUUCGACCCCAGAUUCCUGUUUCUGCUGUCAGGCAUGAAGAAGUACGUUUUAGAUUUAGAUGAAACCACUUGAAUGCUGGGAAAUGUAGUUUCUGCCAAGUUCUUUUUUUUUUUUUUUUUUUUUACUGAUGAAUAGAGAUCAGUUCACUUCUCGCUGUAUUUUUUUUUUUUAAGUUAAGUUUUUCUUUAAGUUAUGAAAAGAUAUUUUUAAAAAGGCUCAGCCGAGUCGUUCAGAUGGAGUUUCUCUCCCUUAGUAUUUAGUCUAUCUGAUGAAGGACGGAGGCCAAACAACAACAACAACAACAACAAAGAAAAGAAAAGAAAAAGAGAAAACAUCAUUUACAUUCCUCCAUGUUCGUCCAUCUGAAGUCCUGAAGAGAUCCGGCUGUCCCGUUCCCUCAGGAAGGAAAAAACAAAGACCUGCAAAUGAUCCUGUGAUAUUUUUAAAGAUGCCAACGAUAGAAACCGAACUCGUCCGCAGACACAAACACUUCCCUGCAGCGGAGGACCAUUCUUUCUGUUUUCUGUACAUAUUAUGUAAAUAAGAGGCGAUUUUGUUCCAACUGAAAAGUAUUAAUUAUGUAUUUAAUGUUUCCGUCUGUAUGUUGCUUUUUUGUUUGUUGUGAAAAAAUGUUAAACUUUAUAUUUAUACAUCUGAAAACUGAGUGACAGUCUAACGACUAAAUAAAUGAACCUGCUUAUUUAUACGAACAAA